GUGCUCAUCUCCAGUUCUUAAACUUUUCCACCGAGCCUAAUCACGACUUUGUUGAAAUUCGCAAUGGGCCAUACGACACCAGUAACAUCAUCAGCCGAUUUAGUGGGACUGACCUCCCAGGCUCCCUUCUUUCCACGUCACACGAAACCACCAUAUAUUUCCACAGUGACCACUCACAGAACAAGCCUGGUUUUAAAGUAGAAUAUCAAGCUUAUGAACUCCAGGAGUGCCCAGAUCCUGAGCCCUUUGCCAAUGGCAUCGUAAGAGGAGCAGGUUAUAGUGUGGGACAGUCCAUCUCUUUUGAGUGCCUCCCUGGCUAUCAGUUGAUUGGACAACCAGUCUUAACCUGUCAACAUGGAACCAAUAGGAACUGGGACCACCCAUUGCCCAGGUGUGAAGUCCCCUGUGGAGGAAACAUGACCGCCCAAAAUGGAACGAUCUACUCCCCCGGCUUUCCCAAUCAGUAUCCCAAUUCCCAGGACUGCACGUGGAUAUUUGUGGUGUCUUCCGGAUAUGGCAUCUACCUCAACUUUACCCUGCUGCAAACAGAGCCGUACAAUGACUUCAUCACUGUCUGGGAUGGUUCUCAAGAGACAGCUCCCCAGUUGGGGGUUUUCACGGGACACUCAGUGAAGAAAGCCACCCAGAGCUCUUCCAACCAUGCUCUGAUGAAGUUUCAUAGUGAUGCAGCCAAUGGAGGCCUCUUUGUCAUCCAUUUCCAUGCCUAUCAACUUUCUAAGUGCCAACCCCCAACUAUGGUCCCUAAUGCUGAAAUCAUCACUGAAAAUGAGGAUUACAAUAUAGGUGAUAUUAUUAGGUAUCAAUGUCUUCCUGGUUUCACCUUGGUUGGAAAUGAGAUCUUGACAUGCAGGCUUGGUACCCACCUCCAGUUCGAAGGCCCUCCCCCAACUUGUGAAGUUCACUGUCCAAUGAAUGACGUCCUCCGCGACUCCACAGGAGUGAUCCUAAGCCCAUCCUUCACAGGCAGCUAUCCUCACUUCCAGACUUGCUCUUGGAUGAUAGCAGUGGAACCAGAGUACAACAUCACCUUCACUGUGGAAUAUUUCUUGAGUGAGAAGAAGUAUGAUGAGUUUGGGAUAUUUGAUGGGUCUUCAGGUCAAAGUCCACUCUUACUGUCCCUAAGUGGAAAUUACUCUGCACCGCUGCUGGUGACCAGUUCAGGAAACAGAGCCUAUCUCCACUGGUCCUCUGAUCAUGCCUACAGCAGGAAGGGUUUCCGCAUCCGAUAUUCUGCCCCUUAUUGCAGCCUCCCUCCGGCACCUCUCCAUGGCUCUAUCCUCAGCCACUCCGGCCUGCAGCCAGAAAGCACCAUUUGGUUUGGUUGUGACGCUGGCUACCGCCUUGUUGGCCACAGCUUUUCAACAUGUUCGAGACACCCCCAAGGCUACCACCACUGGAACAAAGCCAUUCCUCUCUGUCAAGCAAUCUCCUGUGGAGUUCCCAAAGCUCCGAAGAACGGGGUUGUUUUUGGCCGGGAGUUCACCAUGGGCAGCAAAGCAGUUUACCAAUGCAAAGAGGGUUUUCACCUCCAGGCUCAAGAUAACUCCAGCGUGGAGUGCCUGGCAACUGGACAAUGGAGCAAUGGCAAUAAUCCUCCUCCAUGUGUGGCGGUUGGCUGUCCUGACAUCAGCAGCAUUGCUGUGGAACAUGGAAGAUGGAGGCUGAUCCAUGAGACUCAGUACCAAUACAACGCACAGCUUAUGUUGAUCUGUGACCCGGGCUACUAUUACAUUGGGUAUCGUGUCAUCAGCUGCCAGGCGAAUGGGAAAUGGAGCAUAGACGAACCCAUGCCAACCUGUAGAAUCAUCUCCUGUGGAGAUUUGCCCGUGCCAUCCAAUGGAAACAGGAUUGGGACCUUAACCACUUAUGGAGCUACUGCGAUCUUCUCCUGCAAUAGCGGCUACACCUUAGUGGGGUCUCGUGUCCGAGAAUGUAUGGCCAAUGGUCUUUGGAGUGGACUAGAAGUGACAUGCCUGGCGGGACACUGCGGUGAGCCAGGUCCUAUUGUCAAUGGCCAAAUCAAUGGAGAGAACUACAAUUACCGUGGCAGUGUGGUGUAUCAGUGCAACCCUGGCUUCCGGCUCAUCGGCAUGUCGGUCCGCAUCUGCCAGCAAGAUCACCACUGGUCCGGGAAGACUCCUGUUUGUGUGCCCAUCACCUGUGGUCAUCCAGGCAAUCCAACAAAUGGUCUGACCCAAGGCACUCAGUUCAAUCUCAACAAUGUGGCCAAGUUUACAUGCAACGUUGGAUAUCACCUGGAAGGGACUUCCAAGUCCCAAUGCUUGGCAAAUGGCCAGUGGAGUAAACCUUUGCCCAUCUGUCGCAUUGUAAAUUGUACCGAUCCUGGACACCUGGAAAACAGUGUCCGUCAAGUGCAACCAAGUGGGCCUCACAGAUUCAGUUUUGGAACAACUGUCUCUUAUCAAUGCAACCGUGGAUAUUAUUUACUGGGCACCCAUGUGCUUACCUGCCAGGGAGAUGGCAUCUGGGACCGCCUGCUGCCUGUCUGUCAUUUGGUCUCCUGUGGCCAUCCUGGAUCCCCACCCUAUGCCCAGAUCUUAGGUGAUGUCCACAGCGUAGGGGCGGUAGUGCGCUACAAAUGCCAGGAAGGCAGGAAUUUGAUUGGCAAUUCCACCCGUACGUGUCAGCUUGAUGGGCGUUGGAGUGGCUCUCUACCUCAUUGCUCAGGAAGCAUCCGGGGACUUUGUGGUGACCCAGGAAUCCCUUCGCAUGGUAUCCGGCAUGGUGAAAACGAAUUAAGUGUGAACAGCACGGUCUGGUUUAGCUGUGAGCCGGGUUACACACUCCGGGGCUCACUGCAGAGAAUGUGUCAAGCCAACGGAUCAUGGAGUGGCACUCAGCCAGAAUGCGAAGUGAUAUCAUGUGGGAACCCUGGGACACCCAGCAACUCAAGGGUGUUAUUCAAUGACGGCCUGGUGUUCUCCAGCUCCAUCAUAUACAAGUGCCGUGAUGGCUAUUAUUCCACAGGUGUGCUCAGCAGGCAUUGUACUGUCAAUGGAACCUGGACCGGGAGCACCCCAGAAUGCACAGUGAUAAACUGUGGAGACCCUGGAGUACCAGCCAAUGGUAUCCGAAUGGGCAAUGACUUCACCUAUAAUAAGACUGUCACAUUUCAGUGCAUGCCAGGUUACAUGAUGGAGUCAGAAAGAGCUUCUACUUUAACUUGCACCAAGGACCGGGCCUGGAAUGGGACAAAACCUGUCUGCAAAGCUAUCAUCUGCAAAUCUCCACAAAUUGUUUCCAAUGGAAGAGUCAUGGGCUCAGAUUUCAGCUGGGGCUCAAGUAUCAGUUAUUCCUGCCUGGAAGGCUACCAGCUCUCCCUAGCUGCUGUUUUGACCUGCGAAGGAAAUGGAUCAUGGAGUGGAGAAAUCCCACAGUGUUUUCCCGUCUUUUGUGGCGAUCCAGGAAUCCCAGCAGAUGGGCGACGUGAAGAUCGAGGUUUUACUUACCGCUCCUCUGUCUCCUAUUCCUGUCUGCCCCCAUUAGUGCUGGUGGGAUCAGCCCGGAGGUUCUGCCAGGCCGAUGGAUCAUGGAGUGGGACUCAGCCAAGCUGCAUCGACGCAAGUGUUACAACCUGCAUGGAUCCAGGUGUGCCCCUUUUUGGAAUUCAAAACAAUUCCCAAGGUUAUCAGGUUGGAAGUGUCAUCUUCUUCAAGUGUCAUAAAGGAUAUCUGCUGCAAGGGUCCACCACCAGAACCUGUCUUCCAAAUCUGACAUGGAGUGGAAUUCAACCAAACUGCAUUCCACACAACUGCAAGGAGCCGGAUACCCCAGCCCAUGCCAAUGUGGGUGCUCUGGACCUGCCUUCACUGGGAUACACCUUGAUCUAUUCAUGCCAGAGUGGCUUUUAUCUUACUGGAGGAUCUGAGCAUCGGACUUGUAAGGCUGAUGGCAGCUGGACAGGGAAGCCUCCCAUUUGCCUGGCGGAUGUCCGACCCAGCAGGCGACCUAUGGGGGCUGCAAAGGAUCAGCAUCUUCCAAAAGUCUCAGUUCCUGCUGAUGUCUUUGCCAAAAAUUCCUUCUGGAAAGGCUCUUACGAAUACAUGGGCAAAAAGCAGCCAGCCAUGCUUUCUGUCACCAGCUUUGAUCCUGUCACCAGUAAAGUCAAUGCCACUCUGAUCGACCACAGUGGCGUGGAGCUGCAAGUUUCUGGUAUUUACAAAAGAGAAGAUGUCCAUCUCCUCCUUCAGGUACACCAAAUUACAGGGCCACUGGACAUCUUCACGAACAAAUUCAAGAAUGAUAAGUGGGCAUUGGAUGGACACGUCACCCCAGAAGCUUCAAGUGGAACAUUUGUCUACCAAGGAUUUGUCCAUGGCAAAGGUUUUGGACAAUUUGGCCUCCAAAGACUAGAUAACAGCAUCAUUGAACGGGAUUCUGAAUCAAUAGGACAUCCAUUUGCAUCCAACAGCAGCUCGGUUGCAGCUGCGAUCCUCGUGCCUUUCAUUGCCCUGAUGAUUGCAGGGUUUGUGCUCUAUCUCUACAAGCACAGAAGGAGACCGAAGGUGCCGUUCAAUGGCUAUGCUGGCCAUGAAAACACCAAUGUCCGAGGAACAUUUGAAAACCCAAUGUAUGACCGCAAUUUGCAGCCCACAGACAUCAUGGCCAAUGAGGCAGAGUUCACCGUCAGCACUGUGUGUACUGCAGUAUAGCACUUACAAUUCUGUGUGCACCUUCUCCAGAGACGGGAAUCUCACCAGUGCCCAAUGAUCCUCCUGCUUCAUCUUCGCCCAUGAUCUUCUCACCCAGAAUUGUUGGGGCUGCGGGAGUUGAUAUGGUGCCUUUGAGCUGAUCCAGAGAGAGAAAGAGAGGGAGAGAGAGGAGAGAGAGAGACUGCCUUGCUGUUUAUCACUGCUCCGCAUCUUCAUUGCCCAUAGUCCUGCCCUCCUGCAACUGAUAAUCAGAUCUACCAAAGCAUCCACCCCAGUUCUUGUGCCAAGAGCACAAGAUGUGGAAAUCUAUCCUCCUCCUUCUCCUCCAGAGAUGCUCCUCCCCAUCCUUGAGCCUUUUUUCUAUCGGUUCCUGGCCAACCUUUGGACUGGCUGACUGCUGCUCAAAGACCAUUGAUUGUCCCACUAUUUUGCCUGUGGUCGAUAAUCACCUUUCUGGGGGACGCUUCAUGGCAACCUAAGAAAAUCCACCCACCCUUGGCUGCCAGAAGAAGCUGCACAAGAGGCACAUGCUGGUUGGGGAGACUUGUGGAUGCAGAGACCUUGGGCUAAAUGUAUCCAGCAUAUCAAACUCAUACAGCAAGUUUAGCAUCUGGAUAAAUGUUCCUUAGAUAUGUGUUGGUUCUCCUCCUCUCCCUUCCUCACCCUUAUAUAUUUAUUUCAUAUUAAUAUUCUAGUGCAAGAAUGUCACGUUUCUGACUCUCCUUGCAAUCCUCUGAGAAGGCCUCAUUCCUACCGUCCAAUUUGUAUUUUUAGAGCAUUUGAUUCUUAUGUUUUCUAAAAUUGGCAGCCCUUCCCAUCUCCAGGUCCUAUGAUUAGAUCCACCCAGAAACACUUCUUUUAGACUAAAUGGUCAUAUUUGCUUGGUUGCUGCUAGCUUUAGGGUGAUCCAGAGAAAAUACAGAACUUCCUAAGAGAUAGAGUACUUGGCAUGAGAAAUGGGCCUCCUCCUAUACAGAACUUGGAGAAUCCAAUUAUUGCUAUCUCAGUCCCAGCUCGUUCAUUUCUUGGAGGUGUGUUACAGUUUGUCAGCUCCUGAUCUGCAAUAUUUUCUUUCGGGGGUGGGAGAAUAGCAUUGCAGCCAGGUAUUUUCAUUGCUGUGUGCAAUGCUCGGGACCUUAGCAGCAUGAGGAUCAUGGGCACCUAUUAUUCUGUGUCUGUGACAUCACAAAUACCUGAUGUGACUAAUUUAUUUUUCUGAUUUAUAAAUAUUUCUAUAUUUCUAAGAAGUCAAAUGCCAUCGUAGAAGGUCCAUUUAUUUGAUGUUCUAGUUUUUGAAAUAAAAUGGUAAGUAAUUUUCCCUACUUGCAUUAUCACCUGUUUUCACUUACCUGUUCUGCUUCAUCCUUGGCUAUAUAAACCCACUGCAGGACUAAAUGGACAACUCACCUGUUAGAGAAAGAUCUCAUUCAGCUACCCCCCAUCUAUUGUUAUGAGGAUCUUGCACUACUGUCCUGGUUAAUCCAGGCCUGACAUCCAGGAAUUUUUCUCUAUCUGGUUCUCCUAUUGAGGCUGCCUUAUACCAAUUCAUUCCUCUACUGCAGCAUUAUCUACACCAGUGGCAACAGACCAGGGACCAGGACUUCCUGUGGCCAACCAGCUGCCAGUGGUUCACCAUUGACCACCAUUCCAUCUUCUUCAAGACGCCAGGGAUGGAGUCUAAGAAAUUUUGCGCACAAAGUGAAGUCUGAUAACCUUUCCCCAAUAGCCUGAAAGAAAGUCUCAUCUCAGGUUACCUAAGAGUUUCCAAAUACAGUCAACAAGGCUGCCAACCCAUGACUCUUGGCUUCCAUCCCAUCCCAUUGCAAAGGUGAGCACAAUCUAUGCCAUGACUUCAUUGCCCCAAGUCCUUCCCACUGCAACAGCCCAUGCUGCGAAGAAAGGGACAGCACAGCACAAUGGGAUCAAGAGUAGCAUUGCAAAGAACAGGGAGCCAGGACUACAGAGCAGCAGUGGCCUCAUGUCCCUCCUACCAUCUAGUCAAGCUUCUUCAGUUUUGAUAGAAGCUUCCUUGAUGAGACGUGAAACAUUCAAAGAAAAAAACCCCAAGAAAUCCC